CCCCUCUGGCUUUCUGCAAGGUAAUUCGCGGGGCAGGCAGGCAUAGGCAGGAGUUGAGGCAAGAUGAGGACACUUGGGAUACCGCUGUCAACUUGUUUACAAUAGUUAUCAAACUUUUCUGUCGCAGUUUUAAUUGUUAGUUGUAAUUUAAAGACAGUUGGCCUCUCGUUGUAAUCCUUUAUCCGAAGGUGAACAAGCUGAUUUGCUAGCUAACUAGCUAACAUCAAGAGUUGGAAGGCAACCAAAGCAGCUAGCAGUUCUCUGCUAAAUCAUGCCUCCCAUCGAGAAUGACACCGGGCGGGCAGAACUUAAAACCCGAAUACAGCAGCUAAUUGAUUCAAACCCGGUGUUGGUUUUCAGCAAAAGUUAUUGCCCUUUUUGUGUCAAGGUGAAGGAUCUCUUUAAGGAGCUCAAUGUGAUCUGCAACGCCGUAGAGCUUGACUUGAUGGCGGAUGGCAGCAACUUACAAGACAUGCUGAUGGAGAUGACUGGCCAGAAAACAGUCCCCAAUGUCUUCAUCAACAAGACUCACAUCGGUGGCUGUGACAAAACCUUGCAGGCCCACAGAGACGGCCUUCUGCAGCAGCUGCUGGGCGGCGAGAACGAGACCUACGACUAUGAUCUCAUCGUCAUCGGAGGAGGGUCGGGCGGCCUGGCCUGCUCAAAGGAAGCAGCUUUGUUGGGCAAGAAGGUGAUGGUGCUGGACUACGUCGUUCCCACACCGCUGGGGACCACCUGGGGUUUGGGGGGCACCUGUGUGAACGUGGGCUGCAUCCCCAAGAAGCUGAUGCACCAGACGGCUGUGCUGGGCACCGCCAUGCAAGACGCCCGCAAAUUCGGAUGGGAGUUCAGUGAAGCCGUGAAGCAUAAUUGGGAGACCAUGAAGACUGCGGUGAAUAACUACAUUGGCUCGCUGAACUGGGGUUACAGGGUGGCCCUGCGGGAUAAGAACGUCAACUACGUCAAUGCCUAUGCAGAGUUCAUCGAACCCCACAAAAUCAAGGCCACUAACAGGCGAGGCAAGGAGGUGUUCCACACGGCGGCCAGGUUUGUGCUGGCCACAGGGGAGCGGCCUCGUUACCUGGGCAUCCCCGGGGACAAGGAGUACUGCAUCACCAGUGAUGACCUGUUCUCCUUGCCCCACUGUCCCGGGAAGACUCUGGUGAUUGGAGCGUCUUAUGUGGCUCUGGAGUGCGGGGGCUUCCUGGCUGGUCUGGGGCUGGACGUGACAGUUAUGGUACGGUCCAUCCUGCUCCGCGGCUUUGAUCAGGACAUGGCCAACCGGGCCGGAGAACACAUGGAGGAACACGGGGUCAAAUUCCUGCGGAAGUUUGUCCCUGUGAAGGUGGAGGAGCUUGAAAAGGGCACCCCUGGCCGCCUGAAGGUCACGGCCAAGUCCACUGACAGCGAUGAGAUCUUUGAGGGAGAGUUCAACACUGUGCUGAUUGCUGUGGGGCGUGACGCUUGCACGGGGAAGAUUGGCCUGGACAAGGCUGGUGUCCAUGUCAACGCAAAGAACGGAAAAAUCCCAGUGAACGAUGAGGAGCAGACGAACGUGCCACACAUCUACGCCAUCGGCGACAUCCUGGAGGGCAAGUGGGAGCUGACGCCCGUGGCCAUCCAGGCUGGGAAGCUGCUGGCUCGCCGGCUGUACAAGGGCGGCACGCUGAAGUGUGACUAUGUGAACGUCCCCACGACUGUGUUCACCCCCCUGGAGUAUGGCUGCUGCGGCCUGUCUGAGGAGAAGGCGCUGGAGCUUUAUGGGCAGGACAACAUCGAGAUAUACCACAGUUUGUUCUGGCCUCUGGAGUUCACAGUACCCAACAGAGAUAACAACAAGUGCUACUCGAAGAUCAUCUGCAAUAAACUGGAUAGUGAGCGUGUGGUGGGCUUCCAUUAUCUGGGUCCGAAUGCCGGUGAGGUAACUCAGGGCUACGGCGCUGCCAUGAAGUGCGGCAUCACCAAAGAGCAGCUGGACAACACGGUCGGCAUCCACCCCACCUGUGCAGAGAUCUUCACCACGAUGGAGGUCACCAAGAGUUCGGGUGGAGACAUCUCACAGGCCGGCUGCUGAGGUUAAACCCUGCUAGUUUAACGAGCUGCUCCUUCUGCUCUUAGAUCAGCCUCUGCUCACACACACACACCUACCUCUGCUUUGCCCUCCUCACCCAUAACUGCCCCUAGGUCAGUGCAAUCUCAGGUGAUCCCCCAGCCAAACAACCCUGACCGGUCUGGUUUUAACCACUCACACCAGAGCUAAGAAGCUAUCGAUUCCAAUGAGACCCGGGUGAAACUUAACCAACAGCGCGCUUUUUUUAUUUUAAAGAAAUGCACUCCCUGGGGGGGGACCAGUGCUUCAGAACUUGAGUGGCCACGUCGAACGUGGACUUUUGUGUUCGGGUCUCCGCUAACCAGACCAUCCAUCCACCAGUCAGCUGAAGCUGAAGUAGGUGGCUCUUGAGUGGUCGGGGAGUGGGAACCCAGAUGACGCAGUGGCCCAGAGCGACCUGGCGUUUCACUCCCAAGGAUGUGGAGGAGGGUCGAGAUGAGGUUAGGUUUGGUGGUGUGUUGAGGGGCGGCUCGUUAAACAGCGGGGUUACUCUGCUGCCGUGCAAAUCCUCUGGCUCAUUCUCAGGCGUGUGCCGGCGCUCUCCUCUCUUGGAGCUCGGUGCUUUAUGAUGUCUUGGCCCUUAACCCAGUCACUGCGGUGGGCUAGGACUGAUGUCCUUCUGAAAUGAGAUUAGAGGUCAAAUUACGUCCAAUUCACACACACGCUUACACGCACGCACACACACACACAUACACACACCUGCGUACUAAUGUUCUUGUUUGUAGAUCUGCUGUCAUACAGGUACACCAUAGUCAAGGCUAACUAGAGGUCCAGGUUCUUUUGGAAUAUGAGUCCACCAGUUGAUUUGACUUGACAGCUCAACAUUCCAGGUAGUGUUUUAAAACCAUUUUCUAAACCCCCUUAUCAAAGCUGUAAAAUUAUGCAUGUGUUUUUGUUUUUGUGAGUCUACAACUACAUGCAGAUGUACUGUUUAUUUGCAUCAGGCAGGGUUAAUAUCAGGUUUUUCCCUUCAACCAAUAUCUGUGUACCAAAAGGUGCAUGUUAGACUGGAGUAAGAUCAGGUCGUAUCACUCACACACACACACAACUACAUAUACAUAUUUUGGUCACACUUACAAUACAAUACUUAAAAUAUUUUUAUUUUAAUAUUUGUCAUUUAAUUCUCCCUGUUUUUCGCCACUUUGCAACGCACUUAGAUAUGUCAAUGAGAUAUAUUUAUAUAUAAGUAUAUGAUAUUAAAACAUGGAUUAAACGGAAUGUUCAUGUCAAUGGAGGGGCAUAAAGAAAAGAAACUCCUUUCUGAUUUUCAUUAAGGGGUUUAGCAUAUACCUGUUUGUACCUGUUUGAUCUGUUUAUUUGCCUCUGGCAUGUGUGUUUAUAUAAUGUAUCUGAUCCUGUAGUUCUUCUGAUUGUUAAGGACAGUAUUUAAAAAGGUACAUUAUUGCUGAUGUGAUGUCACUUAGCAACAGCGCCAGUUAAAUGUACAAAGGAGCCUUUCCAUGACAUCACUGUUCUCAGAGUAAUUAUCUCUUAAUAAAAGUUAUGUACACAACA